UAUUACAAUAAUCAAAAAGUAGCCAAUAUGCCAGGUGAAUUGUUUGUGCAUAAUGCUAAAGAUAACAUUCAAGGUAAGAAACGAAUAAGUGAAGCAAAUAUUCAAAAAACACUUGCUGCUCUUCAAAAAUUACCUACAAAAAGCACUGGUGGUUUGCCUUUGACGAUUUCUGUCAAAAUUGGUACUAAAUUGAUGAUCACGCGUAAUAUAAAGACUUCUGAAGGAUUAGUGAAUGGAGCAUCAGGUAUUUUAAGACACGUCACUAAAAAAGAAAACUCAGAAGAAAUUUUGAUAAUUUGGUUGGAAUUUGAAUCAAGUAAUAUUGGACGAUCAACUCGAAGUGAACACUUAUCUUAUUUGAAAAAUAAUAAUUUAAACAUGAAUCUUGUUCCGAUUUAUCCAGUUAUAAUUUCUGAUAUUGCCAUUGGUACUAAAUUGGCUGCUCGUCAACAAUUUCCUUUAAUUUUAGCAGAAGGUAUGACCGUUCAUAAAAGCCAAAGCCAAACUUUUUCGUCUGUUUGCGUUCAUAAUUCAGGCAUGACACGAAUGAUGCAAUACGUUGCGUACAGCCGUGUUGGACAUCAUGGUAAUCUUUAUAUUGAGGGAAAGUUUAAACCUCCAGCUCCUUUAGACAAUACCAGCGAUCUAAAAGUAGAACUAGAUCGCUUAAAAAUUCAAAAACGUUUAAUAACGUUUGAGCAGCCUUCAGAUGAUUUAGAAGGCAUUAAAAUCGUUUUUCAUAAUGCAUUAUCGCUACAUAAAUACAUUGGUUGUGUUCGAUUUGAUAUAUGGUUUCAUGGGGCAGAUAUUAUGAUUUUUGCCGAAGCACGUACAGUGCCUGCUGACAAUAUCGUAAUUGAUGGUUAUGAAAUAAUUUAUAGAUCAGAUGGAAACAAUAUAAAUAAAAAGUUCCUUCGAGGAUUGAUUGUGUACAAAAAACAUUAUCUUGAUGUUACUGUUGUCGAUAAUCUCACACAAAAUAUUCAAUCAAAUGACAAUAAAAAAAUUGAACAUCUUGAUUUAGUAAGUCUAGUCAUAAAUGACUUACUUAUUAUCGGAGGUUAUGCGUCACCUGACUCUUUUCGGAAAUGACUUAAAGAAUCUAUUGAAAAUAUGAUUAGAUCUUGUAAAUCAAACAAUAAUAUGCUAAUUAUUAGUGACUUCAAUCAAGAUUGUUACAGCAAUGAUGUUUCAUGGUUAGAAAAGUACAUGAAUGAAAUUAAGGAUUUAAAAAGAGCACUACCUCCUUUAAUUUCUACUACUAACUUCAAUACACAAAUCGAUGUAAUAUUUACGAAUUUAGACAAUUAUGUGUCAGGUACUUAUGAAAGUAUAACUUCAGAUCACAAACCUAUUUUCUUUUGUAACAAGCUAAAUAAAGUUAAGAAAAGAAUUUUCAUUUCUCAUCCGAGGUUAUCGCACGUUAGCAAUCCAAAAACUAUAGUUGUGGACUCUUUGACAGAAAGGAUUGUCCAAGUGAUAGAAAUACAAAUUUGGUAAAUUCGAAAAGGGUUAUAAACAAGAAUACCAAUUUAAACACUUCAUUAAAUACAAACAAAAUACAGAACGAGUAUUGUGAAAGGAUGGCACAUCCAUUGAGUCAGAAAAAUUCUGAUAAAAAUAUAAAGAAAAAAAGUGAUGUUGCUCAAAAAAUACAAAGAAAAGUUCGAAAUCAAGAAGAAAUUCUUUCAAUUCAAAAAAUUUUACUAAAAAUCGUGGCAAGCACAUCUCUACAAGAAAUUGAAAUAGUUUUGAAUCAAAAUACAGAAAUUAUUUCAAAGCUUUCUACUGAAAUUUGCAAAAUUUCCAAACAAAAUAUGCCAAAUUCACUGAGAAAUCAUUGUAAUUACAGUAAAUCUACGAAAUAUACAUUAAAAACAGGUAGAUUACCAAUCAUUAAUGCUCAAAUGAAUCGUAUACUUAAUGAUACAUUUGUGUUAACUGAUGUUAAAUCUGAUGGUAAUUGUUUAUUUCGAACCUUCGCUGAAUUAAUCUUUCACGAUGAAGACAGAUAUUUAGAGAUCAAACUAUAUAUCAUAUACUUUGCUUCUUGUUAUAAAAACAAAUAUGAAACUUUGAUUUCUCGUGGUUGUAUUUCAGUAAAAGAUAAACAUACACAUGAUAUGGAGUUUCCGAAAUUAGAUGAUUUCUUGCGAAUGGUAGCCCGUGAUUAUGAAUGGGGAAACGAAGGCUCACUUUAUGCUAUGAGUGAUGCUCUGAAAGUAAUCAUAGUUGUUAUUGGUGUCGACCGAUAUACACAUAAAAAAAGUAGUAUUAUCAAAUAUAUACCAAGUAAUACAUCUUCAGCCGUGCCACUGACUAUAAUAAAUGAAGUUUAAUGGCACUUUAUCGCAGCACAUAGAAAAUUCAAUUCGCCAAUGUUUGAUGGAGAGACAUGGCAAGGCUCACGCAUUAUUAAAAUUAAUAUAGAGUCGAAUAUCAACCUUGUUAGUACUGAUAUUCGUGAAGCACAAAGUGGUAUCAAUAUUCAGGAGAAAAUAAACAGUUCUGAUGAGCCUGAUUUAUUGAAUGUGCAAGAGAUUUUAGAUCAAAUUUAUGUUACUAAAUCUAUUAAAGAAGUAAAUGAUAUCUUAAAAAGCCAUGAGCAUGUAGUUUUCAAAAUAAUCGAUAACAUUAAAAGCAAGUUCGUAAUAAAUUAUACAAAUUUUAUAGGGAAUCAUUCUUCAAAAAAGAGAAUACUAAAACUACGGUUUUCGAAAAUUCUCCUAAAUAACUUUCACAUUGAUAAUGUACACAGAAAAAAAAAUUAUUUGGCUCAAAGAAAUUUUUCUCAAGCCAAGAAACUUUUGAAGGUAUGGAAUGAAAAACGAGAUUUUCUUGACGCAAGUAAAAAAAAUUCCUUGGAUUUUAAAUCUUGAACGAAAAAAAAAAAUUUUUGACUCAAUACAUUUUCAAAGAUUGAUUCAACAGUUGAGUUACUUAAUUUAAUAAUUAAAAUUUCUUGAUUUAAUAAAUAUUGUUCCUUACUGUAAUAUAUUUGUUACUUUAACCAAAAAAUAUAAAUGUUCAGUACAAGAAAGCUACAACGUUGAAUAAAGUAAUGCGAUGUUUUAAGUCAAUAAACAGUUAUAACUUGAACUAAAAUACAAAUCUCGAACCAAGAGCACUGCGAGCUUAAGCCAAGUAAGUUUUCUCUUGGAUUCAGGCAGAGGUUCUCCCACUCUUUUCUCAGUACUCUAUCUUUGUCGCUCCUACACAAGAAAUGAAUAUUUUGUCCACGCUAUAAGGUUUAGUAGAUAAAAUUUAAAAAGCAAGAUAAUAAUAAUUAUUUCAAAUAUGUUAUAAUUAUUUGUAAGUUUAGCAAGUACAUAUUUUAAUUAUUAUAAAUUCAGCUAUUUUCGGAAUUUCCGAGUGAAACUAUAUUUGUUUUAUUCUAAUUUAAAAUAAAAUAUUCUUAAAUUAAGAAAACUUGAUGGUUUACAAAUGAAGGCAAAAUUUUUUUUAUUAUUAUUCAAUAAAGGAAUUUUUUAGCUUAGUCUUAAAUAUAUAUAAUACUGAAUAGCUUUAAGUAAAAGAAUAAAUUUUUACUUUCAAAUGCGUGUGGUGUCCGAGUGGUCUAAAGCACAUGACUCAAACUGGAUCUCUAUCUAAGGGUCGGCGGUUCGAGUCCCAUUAUACGUCAAAAAAAUUAAAAUUCCUUCUUUACCGAUGGUAAAAAAAUGACAUUUUAACCUCUCCAGGGAGGGAUAAAUAAGUCGUACAGAGUUAAAUAAUUUUUUUAAACAGGAAAAAUUAUUUCUUGAAAAACCAAGAGAAAAAAAUACUUGGGCUGAGAAUCAAAUCACUUUAAACCAAGAAAAAAAAAUAAUUGAGUCGAAAAUUAAAUUAUAUUAAGCCAAGAAAAAAUACUGGAAUCAAAAAUCUAAAUACUUUAAACCGAAUAAAAAAAUACUUGAGAUAAGUCUGAAAUGUUUUUAAACAAAAACAAAAGUUUUUCAAGCUGAAUAAUUCUAUUCUUGAAUCGAGAUAGUUAUUUAUUCAAUAAAGAAAUUAGCUUCUAAAUCCAAAUUUUGUUGUUAUUUGAAUCAAAAACAAAAUGUAAGCUUGAUUCAAGAAAAAAUUUGGGAAGAACGUAAAUUCCUUAGUUCAAGUAAUCCUUUUUUUCUGUGUAGAUGCUGACGGAAAUUGCUUCUAUCGAUCAGUUGCUGAACUUUUGCUUCACGAUGAAAAAAAAUAUUCUGAUCUUAAAAUUUUCAUUAUUGCUCAUAUUGUAGCGAAUCCUUACUAUUAUGAAGUGUUAUGUACAACAAAAAUAAUAGAAGUCAGAACAGAUAAUAAUUUUAGUGCAUUAGAUAGUUCAGCUUUAGAUGAUUUUGUACGAAUGAUAGCUGGUGAUGGAAUUUGGGAUGAAAUCUCAUCGAAACUACAAAUUAUUACUGAAGUAGGACCUACAGUUACAAAAUCUGUAGAAAUAUUAACGAUAAUAAAUACAGACAAUACUCACUUCUUAGUUGCCCGACCAAAUAACUGUAGUUUCACUCUUGAUAACUUUAGGAGAGUUAACCGUAAAGAACUGGUAAAUACUUUGUACA